CUGCCGAUUGUCCGACGUCGACAACGUGCCACUUACUCCGAGUCGUCGUCAUCGUCGUCGUCGUCGUUACAGAGAAGGAGACGGAGUAACGAUCAGAUAGAAAACAUGGAGCCUUCUCGCAGUAAAGAGAGGAGGCGUCAGGAGCCUGAAAGGUGAGCGAGCGAGAAUAAGGCCCCUCGUUGUCGUGUUUGCGCAUUGUAGGCUUUGGGUACAUAGCGGCGCUGCUGUGUUGUGUCGAAGAGGAAUACGUGCAAACAAAGAUACUUAUGGUCACAGGAUGGCAUGAGUUGGUGCUGCUUCCUCGUGUGUCACCCCACUUCUCUCACUCACUGCCUCUCUGCUGCUGCUGCUGCUGCCGCUGCUGCCCUUUUUAUAGCUUCUAGGAAGCGCUUGCAGCUUCACUGUACCUGAGGGUGGUGGUGGCUCGAAUUUUGUCGAUGAGCGUGUGAGAAAUCGAUUACGAAGAGGCUCGGUAUCUGGGUUUCGGUCGCCGUGUCGAUGAACUGAAUUUUUUUGUCUGAUUUUUCGUUUGUAAUUUUUUUUUUGUUUGUUUGUUUGUUUGUUUGUUUGUUUUGUUUUUUUUUGUUGACGAAGCUGUUUAGAAUCGACGACUGCAGGUUGCACUGUUGGGUUGCGUCAUGGGAAGUGUGUUUGGGUAGGGACGAAGAGAAGUACAGGGAAUGGAUUGGGUCAACGCAUCGGGAUUUGUUUAGUUGUAGGAGACGAGACAGGGAGAGAGGGGGCGGAAUUGUUGCGACGGGUCUGUGCAUUGGCUCAAUCAAUUUUAGCUGCAGUGUCGUUCACCGUUGUCGAGGAGGUCUCUCGCAAUGGGGAAGGGCGGUACAAGCUCCGUUGACAGCAGCGGCGUGAUGAAGAAGAUCGUUCUGAGUUACAUGUACGUCGGAAUUUGGAUCUUCCUCAGCUUCUCGGUCAUCAUCUUCAACAAAUACAUUCUCGACAGGAAGAUGUACAAUUGGCCAUUCCCUAUCUCGCUCACCAUGAUUCACAUGGCUUUCUCGUCUGGACUCGCGUUCCUGCUCGUGCGCGUGUUCAAGCUCGUGGAGCCGUGUGCGGCGAUGACAAGGGAUCUCUACAUGGGAUCCAUCGUCCCCAUUGGCUUGCUCUUCUCCCUCUCGCUCUGGUUCUCGAACUCGGCCUACAUUUAUCUCAGCGUUUCCUUCAUCCAGAUGCUCAAGGCUCUCAUGCCAGUGGCGGUUUAUUCCCUCGGGGUCGUCUUCAAGAAAGAGUUGUUCCAAUCCAAGACGAUGACCAACAUGGUCCUGAUCUCAAUCGGGGUUGCAAUUGCAGCAUACGGCGAGGUGCGUUUCGACUUAUACGGGGUCGUGCUGCAACUGUCAGCUGUUUGCGUGGAAGCACUGCGUCUGGUCUUGAUCCAGAUCCUGCUCAAUUCCAAAGGCAUUUCCCUCAACCCAAUCACAACCCUGUACUACGUUGCACCGGCGUGCUUGCUGUUUUUGUCGGUGCCGUGGUACGCCAUGGAGUACCCGAGACUCGUUGCCAGUGCACCGUUUCACGUGGACGUCGUGACAUUCGGCUUGAACUCGAUGGUGGCGUUUCUCCUCAACAUCUCCGUAUUCGUCUUGGUGGGGAAGACAUCUGCUCUGACCAUGAACGUCGCAGGAGUGGUGAAGGACUGGCUUCUAAUUGCCUUCUCCUGGUCCGUCAUCAUGGACAAGGUGACCCAAAUCAAUCUCAUCGGCUACGCCGUCGCCUUCAUCGCGGUGUGCUACUACAACUACGCCAAGCUGCAGGCCAUGAAGUCCAAGGACCAAAAACCUCCGCUGAAGGUAUCCACCGACGAGGAAAAUCUCCGCUUGUUGGAUACACACCAAAAGAAACCCAGCGAAACCCACAAGUCCGCCAUCUAGCUUACUUUUACCCUCUCUUCACAUGAAGUAUCGAUAUUGUAGCUAAUUUCCAUAAGCACAUUGUUCGGCCGCGGUAAUCACUCACCCCCCUGAACCCAAGCAGCGUCUCCAAGUCUUCAAAUUCGGAAAGACCCACUCCAGAUUUCCGAAUCUACGACUCAACUGGCAGCAAUUGUAGAAAGUUGUACUGCAAAAUUGUCAGAAACUGCGCAUCAAUCCGUUCCUAAGAGUCGCGGUUGUUGUUGAGCGCACACAGCAAAAAAGUAGGGAGAUGGGUAAUGGCGCAACAGGGAUUGAGAAGACAGGCCGUGAUGUGAGAAUGGAGAAGAUGGUGUGGGGCCAGAUUUUUGGUGGUGCUUGAGCUCGCAAGCGAUCAACUCUACCGACUCACUCGGAAAAGCUCAGUUUCGGAUGCGGACGCCGCCGUGUGUCUGUCUGUUCAUCCGCUUACUUUCUAUUCAUCCAUUUAAUAAAAUAAUCUGUUCAUCCGAGGACAA